CAUCCUUUCGAUUUCGUGAAUGGGAGGAGGAGGAGGAUCAAGAUCUUCGACCCCAUCGAGCUAACACCGAAGAAGGAUGCUGGUAAGCCUGGGGAGGAGGAAGAUCACAGGAGGAAGAAGGUGAGGAAAGAAGCUGCUGCGACCGCGAGAGCCUCUGCGAAAGAUGCUGCAGUGAGGGCAGGGGAUCCGGAUGAGGAGAAGUAUAGGUUGGGGUACGGUGUUGCUGGUAAAGGAGUGAAGCUUCCUUGGUACGUUGAGAACAAACGUGAGUAUGAAGAUAGAGCUGGUGGUGAAGGGGAGGAGGAGGAGGAUGGUGGACGUAGGAGUGAAUCUAAGAAGAAGAGUGGGAAGAAGAGCUUGAAGGAGCUGAGGGAAGAGCGGUUGAAGAGGGAGAGGGUUGAGAAGGAAAGAGAGAGGGCUCUUUUCAUGAAACAGAGCCAGCGAAGCGGUGGCGCGAAGCGGUGGCUUUUCACUCAUGGUAGAUAG